UCCACUUCAACCAUUUCCCCCCGCCACGCUAAGCAGCAGCGGCAUCGUGAAUUGGUCCAUUGCAGCCUUCCACCUCUUCCCAUCCGCUUGGUUGCUGGUGCUAAGUGAACCACAAGGCCAUGCACCAUAUCAGCACUGAUUGAAGUGGCAGCUUAUAGUUACUGAACCACAGCACGAGUACAAAACUGGAGUGGUAUUAGCCCAUUAGCCUCGUAGGCUUACAGACAGUCUGGACCCCUGAUUGCAAGCCUCAAGCCUCCAAGCAAAAUGAAAUUGAAGAAGGGUGUUAACCCUAUAUUUUCAUUGUUUUUGCAAUGUAUGAUUGUCGUGUGCAAUCUCUUAUUUAUUCUCCCAUUACAGCUCUUUGGGGGUUCACGGCGUAGGCCCAAUAUAAGAGCAAAAUCAAUUAGUAACCAUCCUGCUGGCCCAUACCGAUGUGUGGAAAGUUUAGAUCGUCUACUAGCAAGCCUGUAUGCUGGUGCUGACACCCUAGAUAAAAUUUUUCAGUAUGCCACUGAGGCCUUCAGACACAGGAACUGCUUGGGAACACGUGAAAUUCUUAGUGAGGAAGACGAGAUUCAGCCAAGUGGAAGAAUCUUCAAAAAGAAUUCUUCAGAUGAGACAGCGCAGGAAGAUGACAAGGUCAUAGUAACAGAGAAAUUAAUACUUGGAAAUUACAAGUGGCUCACCUAUGAUGAGGUCCAUCGUCGUGUUACACAUUUUGGGAGUGGAUUGGCUAUGUUGGGCCAACGGCCAAAGGCCAACAUAGCCAUCUUCUGUGAAACAAGAGCUGAAUGGAUGAUAGCUGCCCAGUCCUGUUUCAUGUAUAACUUCCCUCUUGUCACUCUCUAUGCAACUUUGGGAGGUCAAGCAAUUGCACAUGGUUUAAAUGAAACUGAAGUGACUCAUAUUAUUACAAGCAAGAAACUUCUUCAAACAAAGCUGAAGGAAAUCUUAAUUAAUGUUCCAAAACUGCAGCAUAUCAUAAUCGUUGAUGAUAAACCGACAGCAUGGUCUGAAUAUCCCCGUGGCAUCAUGGUUCACAACAUGGCAGCAGUGGAAGCACUGGGGGCAAAACCAGAAAAUUUGAAUAGAACACGGACCAAGCCUACAUCUUUAGAUGUCGCUGUAAUAAUGUACACAAGUGGAUCUACAGGCUUACCAAAAGGAGUGAUGAUUUCACACAGCAACCUCAUUGCUGGAAUAGCAGGAAUGUGUUCUAGAGUUCCUGACUUGGGACCAAAGGACACCUACAUUGGUUACCUACCCCUGGCACAUGUACUGGAGCUGAGUGCGGAAACUCUUUGUAUGGCUUGCGGCUGUUGUAUUGGCUACUCCUCCCCUCAGACUUUGGCAGACCAGUCUGCUAAAAUCAAGAAAGGAAGCAAAGGUGAUACAACAGUACUUAAACCAUCGCUAUUGGCAGCUGUACCGGAAAUUAUGGAUCGCAUUUAUAAGAAUAUUGUGACCAAAGUGGAAGACAUGAAUAGUAUACAGCGGACUCUCUUUGUUGUUGCCUACAAUUACAAAAUGGAACAGAUGUCCUUGGGUUGUAGCACGCCUAUUUGUGAUUGGUUGAUUUUCCGAAAAAUACGCUCAUUAUUAGGAGGAAAAACUCGGCUUAUUCUGUGUGGGGGUGCUCCAUUGUCACCAUCUACACAAACUUUCAUGAACAUCUGCUUCUGUUGUCCUGUUGGACAAGGAUAUGGAUUAACAGAGACUUGUGGAGCAGGGACGAUUAGUGAUGUAUUUGACUACACCACUGGUCGUGUUGGAGCUCCACUACCAUGCUGUGAGAUUACACUAAAAAACUGGGAAGAAGGUGGAUAUACAGUAUAUGACAAGCCGCAUGCUAGAGGAGAAAUCCUUAUUGGUGGCCCAAAUGUUACCCUGGGAUACUUCAAAAACAAAUCCAAAACACUCGAAGAUUAUUUUGUAGAUAAGGAUGGACAGGCAUGGUUUUGUACUGGGGAUAUAGGCGAAUUUCAAGAUGAUGGAUGCCUUAAAGUCAUUGAUCGUAAGAAAGAUCUUGUGAAGCUGCAGGCUGGAGAAUAUGUUGCCCUGGGAAAGGUGGAGUCUGCUUUGAAGAACAGCCCAUUAAUAGAUAAUAUCUGUGCCUAUGCGAACAGUGAUCAGUCUUAUGUCAUCGGUUUUGUGGUGCCUAAUCAGAAACAAUUAUUAGCCCUAGCUCAACAGAAGGGAAUAAUAGGAAGCUGGAAUGACAUUUGUAACCACCCAGAAAUGGAGAAAGAGGUGCUGAGAGAAAUUACUGAUGCUGCUGCAAUAGCACGAUUGGAGAAGUUUGAAAUUCCAUUGAAAAUUCGAUUGAGUCCUGAGCCAUGGACACCAGAAACAGGCCUGGUCACUGAUGCCUUCAAAUUGAAACGGAAAGAACUCAAGACCCACUAUCUAGCAGACAUUGAACGAAUGUAUGGAGGGAAAUAAUACCCGCAUUCCACUUCACCCCAUUAAAUAGGAAUGAAUUUGAAGCAUAAUUACAACUGAGACCAAAAUACAUGCAAUGUUUUUCAAAUCUAAAACCAUAGGAUUAACUAGUCUGGAAGAAAGCAUCACAGUAUCUUAAGUUACCCUGUACCAGAAACUGACUAUUGUUUGAUUGCAAGGUAUUAACAUUUUAUCCGGGUCAGGAUUACUAAACCAAUUGAAGCAAAAGUAACGUUUCUUUUCGUGUUUAUUUAUAAAUUAAAUUUUGUUCAACAAAUGGACUAGGAAAGAAAUGAUUUGUACAUAACUACAUGAUGUCAUGAACCUCUAAUACAGUGCUGUUCUCGCAUGAUUGUGAAAACAGUAUAGUUUAUUUAUUAUACACGUGUGCAAUGUUUAAAUUAGCCAUGUUUUGAUCUGUGCAGGCUUGUUCAAUCCAAGAAAUUUCAGCAACUUUUGAUGAAGUUGAUGGCUGUCUUUUCAGGUAAUUAGCUGAUUCAUAAAGAUCAACGAGGUCCCAAGUUCAAUUCCUAGACUGAGAGUCUGUGAGGCGUUAAUUGAUCUCCCCAGAAUAGUGAUGUGGAUGCUUAAAUUGUGAAUGAAAAGUCAGUCAAGCAGCAACUGAUGGUUAUUCAGUAAUUCUAGCUGGAAAUGUUCAAGUGUUAGCUAAGGACAAAAUUGAACUUGGUUAUGUUGUCUCUAUUCCUAUUCUUGUGGCCUGCACUCACUGUCAAUUUCCACAUAUGGAUUAUAGCCACUUGGAUAAGUACCUGGAACUUGUGGAAUCGUAGCCUUGCAUGUAGUCAAUGUGUUCAUCGAAGAAUAGGGAAAAUGGUCUUGAGGAAAACCUUAAUUAGCACUGAGGUAUAUCAUACAUGGAAGAAAGUUUAUAAAUCACAAACAUUUAAGCUUGUUUUUAAUCUAUAUUUGUGCAUUGUAUUUGUUUUAAGAGCAGAUUGAUCAUAAAUUGUUAAUGAAGAAAUAAGCAGAAACCUGCUGUGUAUGACUGCUGUUGAAAUGUUUCAGAAUAACUGAUGUUUUGCACCUUAACCAAGUUAGCUUGUCUGAAUUUCAUAAAACACAAUGAAAAUGCAUUGUUUAGAAAUUCAUUGUCAAUCGAGCUUAAAAAAAAUCCACAUGAUACAAAGAUUCAGAUAUUUUGUUACAAUGUGAUUGUCAUUGAUUUUUAAGAAACAUUUACAUCAUAGAUCAAGCUAAUAUUGCCUCCAAGUUUCCGCAGAGUUCUGUUUGUUUUGUGCAAGUAGGAACUAAAGACGUCUACAUUUGUUAAGAAUUAAAUGGCCUCCUUUGCAUGACUGAGAGUAUUCAAAUAGAACUGUGUUUUCCGUCCUCUUCACUAUCAUCUUGUCUUGGGCCUUGGUUUUGGGAUUGGUAAUAGCCAUAGACAUUAGGGAAUUGUUGUAGAAAAUUCAAACAUUGUGUACACCAGCAAGAAAAGAUUAUUUUUCCUGAAGCUUUUAACUUUUUUUUUGAUUGCAGAACUAUGAGGUAUUACAGCUUUAAAAUGGGCAUGCUGAAACAUGGCAUAUUAUCAAUGUAAAUUAAACAGUGGUUAGUAAAAUCAGAAACAUAAACAGAAGUUGCUUAAAAAAAAGCUCAGCAGGUCUGGCAGCAUCGGUGAAGCAAAAUCAGAGUUAAUGUUUCGAGUCCAGUGACUCCUCAGAACUGAUAGGGUCACUGGACCUGAAACAUUAACUCUCUGAUUUCUCUGCACAGAUGCUGCCAGACCUGCGGGGCUUUUCCAGCAAUUUCUGUUUUUUGUUUCUGAUUUACAGCAUCUGCCAUUCUUCUGUUUUUUUUUAAUAGUUAGUAAAAUAUUUGGGUUGUAUGCAUCUUUUGUUUUUCAAAACGUAUCAAUUUAGUGCUUCUGACCUUGAUCUAUACACAUGAUAAUCCUAAUACCAACUUUAGCAAUUUACCGAUUAUAGUGUAGACAGCUAUUACACUCGGAAGCACAUUUUCAGUAAAGCAUAUUGGUAUUAAUGCUUAAUUUCAAACUCUUUAGCUGCUUAUUGAUUGUCUUUUGUUCUCAGAUCUUGUUUACUGCCAAGAAUACUGAUUUAUUCAGUUAGUUUUCUACUAGAAAUCAGUCUUCAGAACUGACUAGUAUGUUUGCACCAAAUAUACUAUCAGUAUGUGUAAUAGUAAAAUAGUGUUUGGUAUGCAUCUAAAUUGAUUUUGUGAAAAUGAUUUGUGAACAUUUUUAAACAGCAGAAGUAAUCAUGUUCACAGUGCUACGUUGAGAGGGGGAUGACAGCAGUUUUUGAAAGUGAAUCCAGUAAUGACAAACACAUUGUUACUUGUUCAUUUUUAUGCCGUUUGAUUCCGCAGGGAUGCAUUUGAACGUGUUCAUUUUAUGUCAGAAAUUUGAGUGUUUAUAUUUUGUGCGUGGUUAUUAGAAAAACUUUUCAAAUGUCAGCCUGUGGGGAAGGGAAAGGAGGGUUAAUAUGUGCACACAGAAAAGGUGCAUACGUAUUUAAAAAUAAGUACUGGAUGGUAAAAGGUUGCUGUACUUUAUUUGACUACUGUUUAUUUUAAGGAAUUCUGGUGUGACACCUACAUUAAAUCUUGGUAUUUAAUGGUCCAUUUCUAUCUGUAAAUACCUGUAAGACUGUAAAUUUGGUGAAAGUUUUUCUGUUGAACAGUCAACUGUACAGCAAUCUUAACUAUUUAAUGUAGGAAUUUCAAGGUUGAAGUCUGCAAUUUUCUCUGGACCUCCUGCAGAUAUGUGUAUGAACCACAGUUAGUGUGUAUUCAAUUAUUUAUUUGUAUUUGGAUAUGUUUUCAGUUACAAAAUAAAAUUGUAAUUUGUGAUUUCCA